AUCACCUGUAAGCACUUCUUAUGUGUUCAGGACUCCGUGACUAUUCAUAUUUUUUCCUUUCUAAGAUGAGUUAUUUUUGACCUUUCGAAAUGAAUUCGGAUGUGUUUUCCUCUCCUCUUUCUCCUGACUUUGUGAUGUGAGCACUUUGGGUUGAUUUGGUGAACCAUGCAUCGUCUUCUCUACGCCCAUGUCUUCCUGUGCUGCUUCAGUGUGGCCCAUUCCUUCUGUCCUUCCCAGUGCACUUGUGUUUACCACGGACGGAGUGAUGGAACGGGGACCAGAUCGGUGCUCUGCAAUGACCCAGACAUGUCCGACAUCCCCGUCAACGUCCCCGUGGAUACGGUCAAACUGCGGGUGGAGAAGACGGCUGUGCGGCGCAUCCCCACCGAGGCCUUCUACUAUCUGAACGACCUGCGCUACCUGUGGAUCACCUAUAACUCUAUCUCCUCUGUGGACGCCGCCGCCUUCUACAACCUCAAGGUCCUUCACGAACUGCGUCUGGACGGGAACCUGAUUUCCAUCUUCCCCUGGAAGUCCCUGAAGGAGAUGCCCAGUCUGAGGACGCUGGAUCUUCACAACAACCGCUUGACCACUGUGGCCGUGGAGGCUACCCCAUACCUGGUCAACAUCACCUAUCUGGAUAUCUCCAGCAACAAGCUGACCACUCUGUCUUCGGACUUCGUGGAUAUCUGGCCGCCUUUCAACGGAAUGCCCGUCUCCUCCAACUUGUCCCAGAAAGUGGUGCUAGGUCUUCAGGACAACCCGUGGGUCUGCGACUGCAGGAUCUCCAAGCUGAUCGAGCUUUCCAAAAUGUCUGACACGUCAGUGGUACUAAUGGACCAGUUCCUGUCUUGCAGCGGGCCUGAAAACCUGGCUGGUGUUAUGUUCCAAAGGGUGGAACUGGACCAAUGUCUCAAGCCAUCCGUCAUGAUGUCAGCCACCAAGAUCACAGCCUCGGUGGGCAGCAACGUGCUCCUGCGCUGUGAUACCACGGGUUACCCCACGCCUACCCUCAUCUGGACUACUUCAGAUGGCUCACGUGUCAACAACACAGUUGUCCAGGAGUCUCCAGGAGAGGGUGUCCGAUGGUCCAUCAUCAGCCUGAAUGGGGUCUCGUACAAAGACAACGGGGAGUACAGCUGCAAGGCUAAGAACUUCGCCGGCAACGCAGAGGCUGCCAUCACCCUGUCUGUGGCAGGUUAUGUCACUACAAACAUGCCUCCAGAGAGGCCCAACAUAGAGGCUGCAGGGAAUAGCCUAUCCACAACGUCCUCUGCUCCGGAAACUGGCUUCUCAAACUCCCCUAGUGCGCCGUCUACCACUACCGCCCCACCCACGACCACGCACCCAGCCAUCUUGCCACCCAUCCUCACCAAGAAGAAACCCACGCCCAGCAACGUGCAGCAGAUAGCACCAUCCAAACCAUCCGAGAUCACACAAGGCAGCGACAGGAAGCUAGCGGCAGAUCAGAGUGAAAAGAAAGAUGAUUCCAAGUCUGUCCAAGAUCUCGAGAUCGUGGAGGAAACGCCGGAUAGCGCGGUUCUACUCUGGACGACCGAAGGUUUGCCGAGCAAUGCACCUCUCACCGUUGUUUAUUCCACUUAUGAUGAGGAGGACAACUCCAAAAGGACAAUGGAUACCGAUGCCGGGAGUGGCAAAGUUCUACUCGAAGGCUUGACUUCUGGAAUGAGAUACCAGGUUUGUCUGGUUUCCAAGGGAAGUGCAGCGGGAAAAGACCCCUGUAUCAACUUCUUCACCCUGGACCUUGUUGAGGACAAUGCUGCGAACAAGCUGCUGAUGAUAAUCAGCAGCUUUGCCUGCGCCGUGGCUUUACCUGUCAUUGGUUUGCUGGUCUACAAGAUCCUCUCACUCUAUUGCAGGAGCAAUGUGCCUUCUUCGGACGAGGAGCUAUCUAAAGACACGUAUGUGAAGUUUGAGACGAUAUCAAUGAAGCAGAGGACCUUGAACGCUAAUUCCGCUGAAUUGUGGACCUACAGGCAGACCAAGGAAUCCCAAGAGAGGAUGCUCCUCUGUUCCAGGUCAAGUAUUGACUCACAAAUGACAUACAAGAGUGACAGUUCCAGAUCAGAAUUUUUGUGCUAGCGUUCGAUUAAGACUUUUCAUGACUCGAAAGUUAAUACAAACUCUGGAGAUCUUUUUGAGGAAAACUACAAGGUUUUGCAUGUUCAAAGCUUUAUGACAAUAAUUGCCAGAUGAAUCACUGUUUGUUACAGCCUUAAUUUCUUUGUAACAAAAAAAACGAACUUUGAGAUACAGUGAGCUCCAAAAGUAUUGGGACAGUGACAAAUGUUUUGUUGUUUUGUACUCCAUCAAUUUGGAUUUGAAAUGAUACAAUGACUAUGAGGUUAAAGUGCAGACUGUCAGCUUUCA